UAAUUUUGAACGUCAAUAUGGGUACACGUUUAUUAAAAACGCUCCGCAGAGCGCGAUCAGCAACAUCUUCCGAUUGUCCAAUCAUAGGCGCUCAGUCGGUCUCAACACACAUUGAGACGUCGACAACUGUGAAAAAGUGUGAAUCUACUUCUGAAUCCGAAGAGUGGCUCAAUGCCCGACCAUUUGAAUCCAUACCCGGGCCAUCAAAGUUCGCAUUGUUGAAAGCAUUUAUGCCUGGAGGUCGGUAUUACAAAAAGCCACUUCCGGAAGUCAAUCGAAUAUAUCGCAAAGACUAUGGGGAAAUAUUCAUGCUCCCUGGUUUAUUUGGCAAACGAAAUGUUGUAUUCUCAUUCGAUCCGGAAGAUUAUCAGAAAGUUUUUCGCACCGAAGGCAUUUGGCCAGUUCGGAGAGGUCUUGAUAUUGUUCAUUAUUAUAGGAAAAUUCUGCGGGCAGAUGUAUUUAAACAUGCUGCGGGACUGGUAGCUGAACAAGGUGAAAAUUGGGCACAUUUUCGAAAAAUCACCAAUCCUGUUAUGAUGAAUCCAAAAACAACAAAAUUCUAUGUCCCACGGAUGGAUAAUGUGAUGAAAGAAUUUAUUGAAAGAAUCAAAUCAAUAAGAGAUCCGAACACUUUUGAAGUGCCAGCCGAUUUUGAAAAUGACCUCAACCAUUGGGCAAUGGAAUCAGCAUGUUUAGUUGCCUUGGACACUGAGCUUGGUUUGAUAAAUCAUGCCGAAAGGAACCCCGAAGCCAAAGAAGUCAUUGACGGCUCAAAGUGUACCUUUGAACUUAUGUACGAAUUGGACUUUGAACCUUCACUUUGGAAAUUGAUUCCCACACCAAAGUACAAGAAGAUUAUUGAGAAUUUCGACAAAGUCACAGAACUCACAAUUAAGUACAUUGAUGCGGCAAUAGAACGACUCAAAAAUGCUGAUCCAAAUGCCUCGAAACCGGAUUCGGAGAAGAGUGUGCUUGAAAGGCUUUUGAAUAUCGAUCGGGAAGUUGCUAUUGUUAUGGCCAUGGAUAUCCUUCUGGCAGGAGUUGAUACAACCUCUUCGGCAUUGACUGGAUGCCUGAUAACCCUGUCUCAAAAUCCAGACAAGCAGGAUAUAUUGCGAUCGGAAAUUAUAAAUGUCCUCCCAGAAAAGAAUACUUCUCUGAAUGCAGAUAAAAUGAAAAACCUGCCUUACCUUCGAGCGUGCAUCAAAGAAGCUUUUAGACUUUAUCCCGUGUCGGUUGGCCAAUUCCGUUCGACUGGAUGUGACUUGGUUUUGAAUGGUUAUCGUAUCCCGAAGGACACAGACAUUGCUAUGCCCUCACAAAUUUUGAUGCGCGAUGAGAAAUUCUACCCCAAACCAAAUGAUUUUAUACCCGAAAGAUGGUUAAGGGAUAUCGAUAUCAAUCAAGACGAAUGCCCAAAGGCGAAAAAUGUCAAUCCUUUUGUGUUUCUCCCCUUUGGAUUUGGACCGAGAACGUGUAUUGGAAGAAGAAUAUCUGACUUGGAGUUGGAAACUGCACUUUGUAGACUAAUUCGAAAUUUUCAUAUUCGUUUUGAUUAUUCAAAGGAGAUAUCAUUCAAAACAACAAUUCUUAAUUCACCUGAUUUUCCAUUGAGGUUUAAAUUUGAAGAUGUCAAGGAAUGAAAAUAAAACUACAUAUCAAUUAAAA